AUGGUCAGCUUUACUUCCGAGACGACGUUAAAUUCAUCCUCACUCUCCAGCAUACAAAGAUUAAACAGGCUGAUCAAGCAACACUACACAGAAAAAAGCAGCAAAUUCUACCAAGUAUUCCCAAUUCUGCUUCCUUACAUUCAUUACAACGACAUCCCAACUUGCGCUUUGCUUAAUUCGUCAUACAAUCUCUUGGUCAAAGAUACACUAUGGAACAACCCCAGAUUCGAUAAAAUCGCAUACAUUCAUGACGCUUUAUAUAUAUUCAACAACUUUUUGAAGCAUUUGCCCUAUAUCCAAACAAGCACAGCCUCUCGCAUUCACCAAUUGGAUCUUCAGCAUCUCCAAGAAAGCCUUUAUGAUCGAGUAAACCCCAAAUUUCUGCAAAUUGUCACCCAAUAUUGCACCCAUCUGAGUACUCUCAAUCUUGAAAAGGCGGAAUUCUUCAAUGCAAAAUCACUACCGAAAGGGACAUGGGCUUUGCCACACUUGACGCAUCUCAAUCUAUCGUAUUGUCCGCAUGUCAAUGAUGAGAUGAUUGUUGUGAUAGCGCGAGCAUGCCGACAGCUUACUCAAGUAGCAUUGGAUGGACUCACUAAACACAAGGGACAAGGACUAGCAGGGUUAGCAGCAGAAUGCGAUCAGCUAUCAUCCAUAUCAGUCAAAUUCAAUACAGCCAUGGAAGAUCAAGCUAUCAUAGCACUAGCAAAGUUUAGACACAUUAGACUCUUGGAACUGGACUUGACAGGCUGCACUAAAUUAACGUCUACUGGGUUUAGCAUGCUGGCUCGCUACGCUGCACAUUUAACAACCCUGUCGAUAACACAAACCAAUUGCAAACUGGACGACAUUCGCAAGUUUUCAUGUAUACACCACUUCACUGAAUCGUUGGACAUCUCUCGUCUUAAACAGGUCAAUCACGAAAGGCUUGCAGUAUGGAUUUGGGAAUCUAACUACCAAAAACUGAGCACACUCACGAUGGAUGCCACAACAGCUACUGCACUUGUUAAGUUAUCUCAACAGCCACAUCAUUUGCUGGACACUAGUAUUCGAGAAGUGACAAAUCUCAAGCUGAUGGAUUUGCCAGAACAUACACCCAUGAGCUAUCUGUAUCAACUGACGAGUCUGUUUUCUCGUUUGACACAUAUCACCUUUGUCAGGGCAUACUUUGAAACAGAUUUUCUACGCGGCAUGUAUCGUACACCCUCUCCAGAAGAAGAGAGCUCCAUCACUGAUGCUCAGUUGGACGUAUUCAAUAAGUCCCAGCUACAAAUUACGGCCACUGUAGUUAGAGAAAGAGAGGAUAAUGUUGAUUGUAAUCUUUUAAACUGGUAA